GAAAGAUCUGCCAUUAGCUCUUCUUGGAUUUCAAUCAUGAAAUUGCUUCAAGAUUCAGAGGACGCAAAGGCCGAAAGGAAGCGUCUCAAACCUCAGGUAGAGAGACGUCGAAGAGAGAGAAUGAACCGCAGCCUGGAAAACCUGAAGAUUCUUCUGCUGCAGCAACAGGAUGCGACUCAGCGCAGAGUGGAGAAAGCUGAGAUACUCGAGCACACAGUCCUCUUCCUACGAGACAAGACCGGAGCUGAAGGUGGUGGAGGACAGACACACUCCUUCCAAGACGGCUUCUCCAGCUGCCUGCAGAGAGCUUCUCAGUUCCUGGGACCUGAAGGGAAAGGCCUGUGGCUCGGAGCGGCACUGAAUGCGUCUUUUGCUGCUCGCUUCUCCCGCUCAGACUUUGAAUCUGCAGGCGCCCAAAGAAGAACAGAAGCCUCUUCACUAAGGUCUGUGCUUCGCAGGAAGUCGUCCAGGCACAUUCUUCGGUUGCUGAUCCACAGGUCCCGGCACAGACUGCGCACACCUGCUAUGUCUGUAGCCGUUUGUGUUCAGAGCCGUGGAGAAUCACAUCCUCCUCCCACAACUCCACAACAGCCCAACACAGUGAGGAGACGAGCGAGCAAACAGAGCCCGUCCCAGAGCCAACCGGUCAACCAGACUCUGUGGAGGCCUUGGCCCUGAUCACCAGGCAUGGACCUCCUGAAACUGAACUUUCAAUGACUUUAAUAACCGAUUGAUAUUCACUGGUGUCAACCGUACUGUUCCUGAAUGAAUACUUUCAUUGUUAUCUAGUGAACACCGACCUUUGGUCCUCUGUUAACUCCUCACAGUUUUGGUUUUCAACCUCAAAGUCUGUAAAUAAUGUAAAAAUGUAACUUGUGCAUGUGCUGUAUGUGUGAUAGGGUUGACUCACUACUUGCAGUCAGUGGGGCAGCCAUGUAUUCUGCCUGCAGGCGCAGGGACUCUCCCAGAGUGGGACACACUGCUGCUGUGCUGAGGAGCGAGUUCAGAGGUGUGGGACCUCAGGGUUCGAGGCUGGGAGAGCCCCAUGAAGCCCCUCACGUUCACCUGAGUGCCAUGAUGUCUGCUGGCAGUCAUGACACCUGUGUGUCUUGUAUUUUCUAUAAAUGAAACAUCUUGUCUAU